AUGACCGCGUUAAACUGGAAAAACCCUGAGUUGGACAAUGAAAUCGGUUCUGAAGUUAAGUUAACCUACGGAUUUGGACCAGUCCCCACCAAGAAUAAAAGAAUCUUUUACUUUGAUAUUGACAAUUGUCUCUAUGAACGAUCUACAAAGAUUCAUGACUUGAUGCAAGUAAAAAUCCACCAGUAUUUCAAAGAUCACCUUCUGCUUGACGAUGAUGAGGCAAACAGGCUCCAUAUGACGUACUACAAAACAUACGGAUUGGCAAUCGAAGGUUUGGUUCGAAACCAUAAAGUGGAUGCCUUGGAAUACAACUCCAAAGUCGAUGACUCUUUAGACUUGAAAUCUGCCUUGAAGCCUAACCCAGAAUUGAGAGAGAUGUUGAUCAAAAUCCGUCAAUCAGGCAAGUUCGACUACUUCUGGCUUGUUACAAACGCUUACAAGAAUCACGCGUUAAGAUGUAUUUCAUUCUUAGGCUUGGGAGAUUUGUUUGAUGGGUUGACCUUCUGUGAUUAUUCCAAUUUCCCCAUCGUAUGCAAGCCAAUGACUAAGUACUACCACAACGUGUUUCAGUUGACAGGUAUUGACUUCGAGGACAAGGAAGCGAUGGGCCAGCAAUACUUCAUCGAUGAUAGCGAAAUCAACGUGAAGGCUGCCUUUGAUUUGGGCAUGGGGAAUGUUUACCACUAUGUCGAAGUUGAUAAAGAGUAUGAAGCCUUGAUACGUAAAGAAGACUUCAACAAGUACUAUGGUGAAGGUAAGAUAAAGCUAGUGAGGCAUAUUUUAGAUGUUGGCAAAGACUUUUGA